GCAAAACGCAAAGAUCUUCUGUUCUUCGCGGGGCAUGGUGAGCAUGCCCUCGCUGUUUCCUACUUCUCUCACCGCCUUUACAACCUCAACCUUCCGUUAAAAACUGACAGUGAAGAUGAAGGUUCUCCUGGAUACUCUUGGCGCCAUCCUGCGCCAGCCCUGGCGUACCAUGCGCACCACCUACGCCGCCGUGGUGUGUAUCCUGUGCAAAAGUAUCGUACUCGUAUAAAUGCAAGUCUUGCGUUACAAAUAUUUUUCUUAACGUUAAUCAGCAUUACAAAUUUAUUUAGUUCUCAUGCUGAGCAAAUUUGUAAUGCAUUUAUACGAAUACGAUGCUUUUGCAGUUCAUAGUGAGCUGUGUGGUGACACUCUGGGCCUACUACCUUUUGGACCUGUGGCGCACCGCGGGGGAGCUGUCCGAUGGCAGCAACUUGAUCAAUUUGGACCAUUUGGAAGCCACGUCUGGCGAAGGAGGAGCCGACGAGGUACUAGCAGGCGGAGCAGCGGGAGGAGGGGGAGGCAGAAGUGGUGCAUUAAAAGGCGGGACCACAAAUUCCAAGAACAUCAACUCGGAUGACUAUGAGACUUUCUACGGACUUCUGCCAGGGGGACGACAUAGUGGAUCCGGCUCAGGAAGCAGUGUUGAUCCGUCACAUGCUCUCACCCUCGUUCCCACCGCUGGCUACGAAAACAACCACGCACGCGGGGAGUUUCUGCAAACCUUGAACCUUCAAGCGGAAACGUUCGCUUUCUACGUAUGCAAUGCAAAAGCAACAUCGCAGUCGCACUAGCUCUAGCACAAACUGCAUCACAAAUUCAAAUUUCCUCAGCAUGAGAAAUAAAAUUUGUAAUGCUGUUCUACCUUAGGAAGAAGAUGCAUAUUUGCAAUUGCUACGAGUACGAUACUUUUGCACAUGAUACUACGGAGAUAACUACAUUUUCUCCACGAAAACCUACGACGGCGCGGAUCUGAAGGUGGGCGCAUACAUUUACGUGAGCUCGGAGCUGCUGAACAGCAAAAUCGGCCUGGAUUUGCUCUCCAAGGGCAUGCCGAUCGCGAGCAACAAGCUCGGAUCCUGCACCCGCGGCAGCGACCACGAAAAGCGGCCGGGCUGGUUUUUCGGCAUCUACUCCCAUGAACGCGGGAAGGUAAUACGGUUGCGCGACCAUGUGCAAAGUGGGGGAAGGAACGGAAGGCGACAACUUCUGGGGGAAGAGGACACAGAGGACUCAUCCAAAGCAAGCGUGCUUGUCCGCGGCGGGGAGAAGAAAAGCAGGAGCAAGAGUACAACAGACAAACAGUACGCCAACAGCAGUCGAAACAAAAACCGGCAAGAUCAUACGAGAGCGCCGUCCUCGAAGUCAUCUUCAUCAGCUUCCUUACAUGGCCAUCAAAAUGAUAACAACGAUCCACCUGCGCGCCCCUCCGACGAGCUGCAGUCGGUCGCGACGCGGAGCAAAAAUCUCCGCGGCUACGUAUCACAAUGAAAAACGCCCCCACCCCCGAACUUGGGGGCAUUUGUAUUGCAAACCUUUCCAACAGAAACACUCGCCCUCUUGCAUCUAGCAGCAUCACAGAUUGGUUAUCGUGAAUAGCGAAGAUUUGUAUUGCGACAGAUCCCAGCAAGCGCGGCGCUUGUCAUGCAAGCUAGCAACGCUAUAUACGCCUAGACUCUGCAUCACAAAGAUUCAUAUUCCUUUCAUGCAUGACAAAAAGUCUUCACUUGGAAACUUCGCAUCACAAAUUAUUCCAACUUUGGGGGUGGGGGCAUUUUUCACGGUAAUACUACGCGACGGCGGCGGACCGAGAGCGGACCGCGCAGCGGAUACGGGACGAGUAUCAGAAAGACCACACGGAUGAUGGGAAACGGGAGGGCCACGAUCCGCAACCGAAAGUAACUUCGACGUCCUCACAAGGUGGCACUGGCGGCGAUUCAAUUCCAGCAUAUUCUACCCCACCAAUAUCCGGAUCCGCUCCACCUCUCGAUCCGCCGGAGGUCCGUCUCUUUCUCAACUGGUCCACGCAAAGGUCGGCCUGCACGGAGCUCGCAAGCUCGUUCGCGUUACCGCUGGACCAGUGGGUUCGGGUUGGGUUCAGAAUGGACCGACACGUCGCGAUUUUCAUCGAGAAAGAGAUCGUCGCGGACACUGCGACCGCGAAUCGGGGUAAAAUCUUCGUCGAGAACCGGUUCAAAAGACCGAUCAAACCCAAAAACAGCCAGAAACUCCUGUCCGACAUGGCGACGCGGCAUCUCGGGCGAGGGACUUACAUCGGCGGGAGCAGGCUCGGGGGCUCGUUCUUUUUGGGGUUUAUCGCAGAUUUCACCAUUUCCGUCUACGACAAGGAGGUAGUGCGGUUAGAGAAGGGCGUUUUGAAAAACAUCGCGUUUAAAUCAGAUGUUGACCAAGUCGAACUCUUCGAAGUCGCGCAGCCGUUGGAGUUCACGCGCGGGGUGGGGGGUGCGAGCCCCUUGACGAAAGGGCAGGAAGUAACGACCAGGGAUCAGUUGGUCUUGCAGAAAUACGUCAAUGUCAGGCUGGACGAUAGUUACCGGCCACGAGAACAGGACAGCAGCUACUACCCAACGGCCGCUGAACAAGGUGGAGCAGACCAGUCACUGGGCGACCACGACCCUUUGCACUCGCACCACGAGAACGCUUUAUUCGGAGCAGCUUCUCAACAGCCGAAGUCCGCGCAGGAAAACAUGCAGAUCUUGAUCAAGAAGAUUCUCCUAGAAUUGGGUAAAAGACAAAAGGACAAACAAAAGUCCAAAUCGUUCAAGCCAAAGCACGCGAUCGAGAAGAACAUGGCGAACCUUUUCCGGGACCACGACCAGUUCGAGAAAAGCUACAAAGCGCUCAGCAAAAACCACGACGGAACUUUGUCCUUCAACAAACGAGUGACGACGACCCCCGCCCCGGCGAUGGACAACUAUUUCGAGGGCUCGAAGAACCGGAAGCCGGUGAACUUGAAGGAUAUUCGGACUUUUCCACCGAAGACAGCGGAGAACAGCGAUCCGUUCGGGGUGGUGCCGGCGAACGGGUUGAAUGGUGUAGUGAAAGAUGAGUUGGAGUCGGAAGAUUUGCUGAACGGACAGAAAAAGCACGGGAUCUCCGAAGAGCGGAUCUCGGCGGAGAAGAAGCAAAAGCCGGAAAAUGGUGCGUUCAAAUACGAGCACGAGAUGCAAGACGCGGUGCUUGGGGAGUUGGCGCAGCACAACGCAGCUUUGAUGCGGGAAGCGCAUGCGAAGAGGAAUAUACACCGGUACUUAGGCCCCAGUUUGUUUUUCGAUCGGAAGUUGUAAUUACUACAAGGGUGAACACGCUCCACUCAGUAUGGGGGAAAAAACAAAAAUCCAGCAGCUCCGUCGUUCUUCUUUAUUUCUUAGCGCAGUAGUUCUACUCUUAGGGCCUUGAGCGUCGACCUAAACCUUAGAAAGUCUAAGACCUACUAGUAUGCGGCCUGCAGCUGUUUCACUAUAAAGAAGUCUCUUUUUCUCGCAUCGGAUUGAGUUAGGGUAGCAAUUUCUUUCUUUCCUUUUCUUUCAGAAAUUUCAGUGUGGGUUUGCUUUCAUUUUUGAACUUUCAACAUUUUCGGAACGGGUGCGCAUCACUUUUCUUCUUUGUCAUGUAAAAAAUGCGCCCGUCCGUAUCUCUUCUCAGUUGCGUGAUGCCUUGGCAAAAUUGUCACUGAUGCCUCCCCGGUGUGAUCGUCGCCGUGCUUGCUUUGCCACUCUGCCACUCUGUAAUGCACAUACACAAUGUCAUAGUGAAGUCAGUGAGACCACUGCGUUUCGCAUUUUUAGCUUCACGUGCAUUUGUCCAUCUCAUAUUUUUUCAAAAUCCUAUAACCCCAGCCCCCAGCCCACCGCUGAUGAAGAGUUCAACACGCGGAAAGACCUCCUUCCCGGUGAAGAGACGGUUGCGCCGAUCGAAAAGCUCCGGAAUAUCCACCUCGACCCGAACCGGAAAAACUACUUUGAUAUCCCGGAGCAGGAGAAAAUCAAGCUGAAAGAGAAGGGCGUCCCGGAGGAAAUGCUGAACCCGGUGAAGUAUCAAAUGUAAAAAUGUCUGGGUCUGGAAGAGUGCGCGACUUGUCAUGCAGCUUUUCCAUGACCCAUGAGGUCUGGAAUGCAGGACCUAGAAUGACAGAUUCUGCGCGAUCUCUCUCAUGCCUAUCCUGCAUGGGAAACUCCCUCCCGACUUGGUCAAAACUGGACGACUUUUGGUAGUCAUGCAACACAGAUUUUUGCAUGCUUCAGAUUUAGCAUGACAAGUUGCAGCAUUCUUCCAGACCCAGACACUUUUGCAUUUCAUAUGAAGGCGCCGAUCAGUGUCCACGAGCCGGAGAAGUGGCAGGAAGAGGUGAAACAAGCGAUGCGUUUCGUAUGGAAACGUCAGGAUUGAAAUCGACAAAGUUGAAAUCAUCUGUGAUGCAUAAAAUGCAAGGCACGAAGUGACUGUGUUGCAGGGAUUGCAAGUGAGGCCGGUUGUCGGCCUGUUUGGGGUUUGGGAUAGAGCUGCUAAAGUAGCAUGACAAAAGCAGUCCUCUGUCCCCAAACAGCAUGACAAAUUGAUUUCCAGUUCUCGGAAAAUUUGUCAUGCGCCGCUUGAUAAGUGGGCUUCCGACUGUUAUCGGUUUUAUGCAUGACAAAUUAUUUCAACUUUGACGAUUUCAAUCCUGACACUCCCAUAAUUCGUGUGGCAAAAUUACAAACAGAAAACCUUUGGAAAUGACGAAAUCCAGCCGUUGACCGGCAACCCGUUUAACUGGGCGGGCGUCGGGGUGAUGGUGUUUGAAUCCCUGGACACGAUGCUGUUGAUGGGGAUGCGGAAAGAAUUCGACGACGCGGUGAAGAAUUGGGUUCAGCAGCUGAACAUUUUGGAAGAAGCGAAGGACAACUUCGUCAGUUCUUUUGAACUCAACAUCCGCGUGAUUGGCGGGCUCUUAGGGGCGUACAGCUUGUUGGAGCUUGACGAGGAGAAGGGAUUGAGCAACGAACUAUCAACUGUAAAAAUGUCUGGGUCUGGAAGAUUCUGACACUUGUCAUGCACGUUUUGCAUGAGCCAUGAUGUCUGUGAUGCAUACCGUAGCAAUACAGAUUUUCUGAGGGCUUCUUGAUGCCUAUUCUGCAUGACAAAUGCCUUCUCAGCGUAGCAAAAACUGCAUUCCCUUUGGGACUCAUGCAAUACAAAUGUUUUUGGAAUCCAAACGCAGCACCACAAGUUGCAUUCUUCCAGACCCAGACACUUUUGCACUUGGUACGAACGGAAACAGCACGACGUGGAGAAUUUGAAAAAAGCGGGGGAGCAUAUCCAAGAAAAAAACUGUGUAAGUGUAAAUUAGUGUUGCAGAAAAUGCAAAACUGUUUACAGUUGUCAUGCUGGACAUGCAUCAGAGGCAAUUUUCGUGCGUGUUUUCACGUACUAGCUACGCAUGACAGGUUUUCUGUGUCAUGCAGAGGAAACUUGUGAUGCUAUUCCUGCAAGAAACUUACACUUACACAGUUUUUUUCCUGGAUAGAGCAGAAGCAAAUUUUAAUUAGCAAAGCCAGGGAAUUCGCAGAUCUGAUGAUCGAGUCAAAAAUGUUUGAAGUGGCAAAUGGGAAGAAGCCAGGAUCAUCUUCUAAUAAGAAAAUCUCCCUUGACGACGACCCCACCUCCGGGAUCAUGAUCCUCCCGGAAAUCAAUCUGAAACAGCGGAAAAGCCGACGCCACGAGUGGACGCAGCACUUUGUCUUGUCUGAAGUCGGCACUUGGCAGUUGGAAUGGCGGUUUCUCUCCUACGCGUUGAAAAAUCCCCGGUACCAGGAGCUGGUGGACCGGCAGCAGAUGCUUUUGGUAGAUCCGAAAGUUCUCAUGCGGCAGGUGCACGGGCUGUUGCCGAACUUCGUGGACCCGAGUUCGGGCGUGAUUGUCAGCUCGGAUUACUCCUUCGGUUCCGGUGCGGAUUCGUUUUACGAGUACUUGCUGAAGACACACCUCUGGAUGCACAACAUCUAUCGGGAGGGGUGUAGCGGUACAACUGCGUCUGCGAAAAUGACGACCAAGUCGACUGCUAGUACUGGUAGUAAGAACGCGACCGCUAUCGCUUCCCUUUCUCCUGCGGAACGGGAUGCACUCUGCGCGGAGGGACGGGACAUUGGGCGAAAACGGGAGAAAUUCAGGGACCCGCUGAAGGAAGCGGGCUGGGGAAUCGGGAGGGAUGAAAUGGUAAGGAGGUUGGAGAAGGAAAUUGUGAAUGGAUUUCCAUCUGCUCUUGAGAAACCAACGGCUUUAGGUUCAACAGGUUCAACACCUCCGCCGUUGAGAAUAGACGAGAAUACGGGCAAGAAGCCAGCAACAAGAAGGUUGGCAGAGUUGCUUCCGGCAGGUAGUAGUGGCGAACCUGCUGUGCCUGCUGGUGUGUCUUCAUCUCCUUCAGAAGAUGUCGUGGUCGCAACAACGUUUGCCGCAGCGGUACCAGGUGCUGCAGUUGACACGAGUGCAGCUCCAGAAGUAGCUGUACCUGCUAGUAAAUCCGCACCAGCUAGUACUAGUGCUACUGUCACGGAAACAGCACUACCUCUUUCGACGGCAACUUCGGCAGUGCCAGCAGCUGCUUUCGCAGCCAAUGCCGCGCUCGCACCACCUGCAGUCGCCUCUGCGGCUACGUCUAUAGCUCCCGCAUCCGCGGCUCUCGCAGCAUCUGCACCAGCACCACCACCUAUUCCCGCUGAGGACCCGGCCCCCAGCAGCUUUGCCGAAGUAGCAACGACCUCGGAACCGCCAUCCACACUACCACCAGUACCAGCAGUCGAAGAAAAAGAAAAUCAUGCAAGAGAGCCUGCGUCUUCUUCUUCCGAAGCACAGACCCCCGCACCCCUACAGGGAACAAACAAGGUGCCACAUAAACCCCCUCCAACCGAAGACCCGGAGGAGACCCUGCCACCCGGCUCCGAAACCAACCCGCCCCUGUCCCGGGAGAAAGCGCCGCAGACCUACCCGCCGGAACUGCUCGGCGGAACGAACAAACAGGAGAAGGAGUUAAUGAGGAAUCAGUUCCGGAAAUCCGACAACCUUGCGAGUAAAAUAACCGACGACAGAAUGCACAGCAUGAAAAACAUCGAAAACAUUAAAAUGCAGAAGGAGCACUUGGCGAUUCGGGAGAAAUUGAACAAGGAGAAAGGCAUAGAAACAACGGAUCAACAGAACACCAAUCUUCCGGAGGAACUUUCCGAGUCGGCGAAACAGCAACUGAAGCAGAAGAUCAAAUCGGAAUUAGAAUCCACGAAGCAAAACCUGUAUGCAUUGCAAAGGCAUCGACGCACGCGUACUAAUUGCAAUACUGCAUGACAGACACAGAUCCAGUUUCUUACCUGAAUAUGCAUGACAAAUAUCAUUUCUCUUUCUGAAAAUUUUGUAAUGCAAUUUCCACUGCAUACGAUACUUUUGCAAUGCAUAACCCCCUAGAGUGGCGCACCGCUAUGUACAGUCUGUCGCAGCGAAUGCUGAUCCAGGGCUUUCCGCCCCACGACGACAACAUCUUUUUAAGGGAGGCGAAGUCGGGAAAUUUAAUUAACCGGAUGGAACACCUGUCCUGCUUCGUCCCGGGGAUGCUGGUAUUAGGGUAUUACGAGCUGCCCGUCACGAUAAGGGACGAUGGCUGGGUGGAAACGGCUUAUCAGUUAAUGGAUACGUGCGUCAACAUGUACAAGCGGACCUAUUUCGGGUUGGCGUGUGAAGCGACGAGGUUUCGGCUGAAGCGGGAUUUGAGCGAGAAAAAGUUAACGUAUUGCGACCAGGAAGACAAGGUGUUCCAUCUACGGCCCGAAGUGGUGGAAUCGCUGUACUACAUGUACUACUAUGCAUUGCAAAAGUAUCGUACUCAUAGUAAUCGCAUGCAUGCAUUACAAAUUUCCUUCUCAAGCUAAAUCCGCAUUAGAAAUUCCAUUUCUCAUGCUGAGAAAAUUUGUAAUGCAAUUUAUACUAGUGCGAUGCUUUUGCAUUGCAUAACUACUACACCCGCGACAAAAAGUUUCAGGAGUACGGCUACGAAAUCUUCCGCGCGAUCGAGAUGCACACGAAGACGCAGUUCGGGUACAUAUGGCGUUCUCAACUGUUACAGUCUCAACUGUUCCAUGGAUUUGUGACGCAAGAAUGGGAAAAGUGAAAGGGGGGCAUUGCGCGUCUUGCAUGACAGAUAUCUGCCUGCUCGGCCCUUCCAGAAUUUGUCACGCAGAACAGCUUGAUCGUGUAGAUGAUAGUGCUAGUUUUGCAUGGCAAAUCAUGUAACAGUCGAGAAUGUAACGCUUGAGAGUCCCAUAGUACAGUUCGGUGACGUGGAAAAACCCGGAGAAGAACCAUCCGAAAGCUGGGCAUCUGUUCUUCAAGCCGAGAAUCAUGGACAAACAGGAAUCCUAUUUUACGGCGGAAACCUUGAAAUACCUGUACUUGCUCUUCCAAAAGGACGCUGGGGAGUCGAUUUUGUCCCUGGAAAACUUCGUCUUCAACACGGAGGGUCACCCGAUAAAGCGGUUCCGGCCGGGACUGGUGGCGGCUUCAUCUGCGGGAAAUGGUAAUGGAGGUGGUGCUGGGGGGCGAUAGCACUAGCAGCUGGUGUCCAGACGUAUGCUGGACUUGCACGUGCAUUGUCAGGGAUGAUAGAGACGACAAUAGCGCUGCCGCUCUACUAUUUUUUACCACGACGCAAGAACUUCAAUCAUUUGACGCUGAGUUCGCUUGUAGUACCGGUUGCGCAAUA